GCGCGCACUUGCGCUUCCUGCGCAGCCCAGUGUGGAACGCGUGGUAUCGCACAGCGGUUGUCGGCGGGCCGGACAGCGUCGCUGCUCCCCGCGGGGGCCUGGCGGCGUUUUGCGGCUGGACGGUUGUGUUUUGAAAGGCCUCUGGUCGGGCCGCGCGGGGCCCUCGCCGACCCUCACCAUGUUGGUGCUGUUUGAGACGUCCGUUGGCUACGCCAUCUUUAAGGUUCUGAAUGAGAAGAAACUUCAGGAGGUUGAUAGCUUGUGGAAAGAAUUUGAAACUCCAGAGAAAGCAAAUAAAAUAGUAAAGCUAAAACAUUUUGAGAAAUUUCAGGAUACAGCAGAAGCAUUAGCAGCAUUCACAGCCCUCAUGGAGGGCAAAAUGAAUAAGCAGCUGAAGAAAGUUUUGAAGAAAAUUGUAAAAGAAGCCCAUGAACCUCUGGCAGUGGCUGAUGCUAAACUGGGAGGGGUUAUAAAGGAAAAGCUGAAUCUGAGUUGUAUCCAUAGUCCUGUUGUUAAUGAACUUAUGAGAGGAAUCCGAUCACAAAUGGAUGGAUUAAUCCCAGGGGUAGAGCCACGAGAAAUGUCAGCCAUGUGUCUUGGAUUGGCCCACAGCCUGUCUCGAUACCGACUGAAAUUUAGUGCUGAUAAAGUAGACACGAUGAUUGUUCAAGCAAUUUCCUUAUUGGAUGACUUGGAUAAAGAACUGAACAACUACAUUAUGCGAUGUAGAGAGUGGUAUGGUUGGCAUUUCCCUGAAUUAGGAAAAAUUAUUUCAGAUAAUUUGACAUACUGCAAGUGUUUACAAAAAGUUGGUGAUAGGAGGAACUAUGCUUCUGCCACACUUUCUGAAUUACUGCCGGAGGAAGUAGAAGCUGAAGUGAAAGCUGCUGCAGAGAUAUCUAUGGGAACGGAGGUUUCUGAAGAAGAUAUUUGCAACAUUCUGCAUCUUUGCACACAGGUGAUUGAAAUCUCUGAAUAUAGAACCCAGCUGUAUGAAUAUUUGCAAAAUCGAAUGAUGGCCAUUGCACCUAAUGUUACAGUUAUGGUUGGAGAAUUAGUUGGAGCACGACUUAUUGCUCAUGCAGGUUCUCUUUUGAAUUUAGCUAAACAUGCAGCUUCUACAGUUCAGAUUCUUGGAGCAGAAAAGGCACUGUUUAGGGCCCUCAAGUCUAGGCGAGAUACCCCUAAAUAUGGUCUCAUCUAUCAUGCCUCACUAGUAGGCCAGACAAGUCCCAAAAACAAAGGAAAGAUUUCUCGGAUGCUGGCAGCCAAAACCGCUUUGGCUAUUCGUUAUGAUGCUUUUGGUGAAGAUUCCAGUUCUGCUAUGGGAGUUGAGAACAGAGCCAAAUUAGAGGCCAGAUUGAGAAGUUUGGAGGACAGAGGGAUAAGAAAAAUAAGUGGAUCAGGAAAGGCGUUAGCAAGAGCAGAAAAAUAUGAACACAAAAGUGAAGUGAAGACUUAUGAUCCUUCUGGUGAUUCUACGCUUCCAACCUGUUCUAAAAAACGCAAAAUAGAAGAGGUAGAUAAAGAAGAUGAAGUAAUUGAGAGGAAAGCAAAAAAAUCUAAGAUUAAAGUUAAAGCUGAAGAAGAGGAAGAAAAUGUACUCAUAGUAGAGGAGGAAACACCUGUAAAGAAGAAGAAGAAGAAAGAUAAAAAGAAACACAUUAAGGAAGAACCACUCUCUGAGGAGGAACCUUGCACCAGCACAGCAAUUUCUACUCCAGAGAAAAAGAAGAAAAAGAAAAAAAAGAGAGACACUGAGGACUAAUGAAGGGAACCAUAAAUCUGUCACCUGGACACUACAUGUUCAUGACUCACUGAGAAUAUACCAGAAGUGCUCUCCAAAUACAGGAGUAGGCUGAAUGAAAGUGAUUAAUCACCCAUAGAUUUUCAGACCUUUACAUCUUGACAUCAACUCAGUUAACUUUACCAUGUCAUUAAUUCUUAGAUGUGAAAAUAAAAGUAUAUUCUUUGUA